AUAAUUCCUUAUUGUUAUCCUGUCUAGAUCACCGUAUCAAGUGGUGUCCAGUAAUGCAUAAUGUACUUACCCAUAAUUCCUCAUUGUUAUUCUGUCUAGAUGACAGUAUCAAGUGGUGUCCAGUGAUGCAUAAUGUACUUACCCAUAAUUCCUCAUUGUUAUCCUGUCUAGAUGACAGUAUCAAGUGGUGUCCAGUGAUGCAUAAUGUACUUACCCAUAAUUCCUCAUUGUUAUCCUGUCUAGAUGACAGUAUCAAGUGGUGUCCAGUGAUGCAUAAUGUACUUACCCAUAAUUCCUCAUUGUUAUCCUGUCUAGAUGACAGUAUCAAGUGGUGUCCAGUGAUGCAUAAUGUACUUACCCAUAAUUCCUCAUUGUUAUCCUGUCUAGAUGACAGUAUCAAGUGGUGUCCAGUGAUGCAUAAUGUACUUACCCAUAAUUCCUCAUUGUUAUCCUGUCUAGAUGACAGUAUCAAGUGGUGUCCAGUGAUGCAUAAUGUACUUACCCAUAAUUCCUCAUUGUUAUCCUUUCUAGAUGACAGAAUCAAGUGGUGUCCAGUGAUGCAUAAUGUUCCAUCCACAGAUUUAUGGAAAGCUCUCCGCAGUGUGACAUUGUCAACUUUAGGAGUUUUAAUAAACUCCACAAAUUCCAUUGCAUGGAAGGAAACUGGGGGAAGGUUUGACCUGGAAAGAAUUAUUAAGAUCAUUUUAGGAAGAACUUUAAAUAACUUAUUGAAGGACAUAACGGUUAUCAUGUCUGAAAUAUACAUGUACAGUAAAACUUGGAAAUGUGAAGAUCUCUUUAGAGGGAACAACUUGGGAUGUGAACAUUUUUCCUCAUAAUAUUCAAAUAAAUAAAAUCAUAAAUAUUCAAAAUUGAUUCUUGUGUUAAAAGAAACAUUUGGUGUAAACACUUCUUCAUGCGAACACUUCUAUUCAGUUAUUAGUGUUUACUUUAGACAGGUUUACUGUACUUGUACUUCCAAAGCACCAUUGUUUGUAUGCAUAUGAAUUGAAUAUUUGAAACUUAACAAAUAUUUCAAAAGUUACAUUGAUUCAUGUUUUAUGUCGCUAUACUCACAUACACAUCAACACAAUAUUCUCCAUUUUCAAUACACUAUAAAUUCAAAAUGUUAUCUCCAAGAGAGUGAAUACAAAAUAAUUGUAAUUAUGCCCUUUAUAUUUUAUAUCAUACUAAAUAUAGCAUAAUGUUAUUAACAAGUCCUAGAUUCUGGGCUAAGUUUUUUAUCCACAUUUUCAUUGCAUUUAAUAGACCUUACAAGGCAAAAUAAUCAAAGAUUUUGAUAAACAAAACUAUUGAAACAUAAAAAAAUGAAAAAAUCAAAAUAACAGCAUACAACAAAAGGCAAACACAUACUAGUAAAAUAAUAAUUGAUUACAUGGUAUAAAUAUCAGAAAAAUAAACAAUUAUUUAAACAUUGUGCCAAAAAUAGUCAAGAGAAUAAGGUUGAAUAAGAAAUAUGUGGCCUGAAUAAAGUUGAAUAAGAAAUAUGUGGCCUGUAUUAUAUUUUAGAACAUGUAUUUUUCAGUCAAAGAGAAUAAAGUUGAAUAAGAAAUAUGUGGCCUGUAUUAUAUUAUUAGUGCAUGUAUUUUCAGUCAAAGAGAAUAAGGUUGAAUAAGAAAUAUGCGGCCUGUAUUAUAUUAUUAGUGCAUGUAUUUUCCGUCAAAGAGAAUAGGGUUGAAUAAGAAAUAUGUGGCCUGUAUUAUAUUAUUACAACAUGUAUUUUUCAGUCAAAGAGGAUAGGGUUGAAUAAGAAAUAUGCGGCCUGUAUUAUAUUAUUAGUGCAUGUAUUUUCAGUCAAAGAGAAUAGGGUUGAAUAAGAAAUAUGCGGCCUGUAUUAUAUUAUUAGUGCAUGUAUUUUUCAGUCAAAGAGGAUAGGGUUGAAUAAGAAAUAUGUGGCCUGUAUUAUAUUAUUAGUGCAUGUAUUUUUCAGUCAAAGAGAAUAAGGUUGAAUAAGAAAUAUGUGGCCUGUAUUAUAUUAUUAGAGCAUGUAUUUUUCAGUCAAAGAGGAUAGGGUUGAAUAAGAAAUAUGGGGCCUGUACUAUAUUAUUAGUGCAUGUAUUUUCAGUCAAAGAGAAUAAGGUUGAAUAAGAAAUAUGU